AUGGACAUCCAGCACAAGCCGGAUGCGCGAGCCGUGCUCACUCUCGGGAAGGACAUGGUUUGGAGGGACUACUGCCAGGGAGCCUACCGCAUGCGCGGGAUCAACCGUGGCCAACGGGUCGUUGUGUACGCCAUUCCAGAGGUGUCCAAGCUCAUCGAUACGGCCCUCGUUGGCGUCAAUAUCAACGCCGAGUCAUUGAGGGCUCCUUUGGUGCGCGUCGUCGCCUGGCUGGUGUUGAACGGCCUCCGAUCCGAGCGUGUCCAAGCUGGCAUGCUGAGGUCUCAAGACUCUCACACGCUCUGGCGCAGGCCGGCGUACUCCUGGCUGCAGGAGCACUCCGAAGAAGCUAGCGGCGAGGAGGCGAAGAAGCACCUGGACAUUUUCGAGGAGCCCCUUGAUCUCGAUCUGGCCUCCAGCAUUCCAAGGCCAAAGAGCUUGGCCGAAGCCAUCGAGGAGCGCGCGAAGGACAAGGAGUGGCUUCUGGGGAAGGAGCAGCUCGAGGAGCUGCACCGCCUUGUGGGCGUUUCUGCAGAGUCGGAGCAGGUGAACGUCAGUACCGCAGAUCAGGAGCAGCAGCAGGAGCAGGAGCAGGAACAGGAGCAGGAGCAAGAGAUCGAGAUCGAGAAGUUCGCAGACUUAGGCUUCCAGAGGGAUGGCGAGCGGCCCCUUUCCUGGAGCUACGCCCUCCUGACACAGGGCCGCGAGGCUGCUGUUGGCCUGGACCGCGAGCGACCUUUCUACGAGGCCAAGAACUUCCAGCUCUACAAGAAGCAGCCCUUGAACUUCCCGGAAGACCUGCUCCUCAGCCGGAACUACUUCAACCGCUACUGGUUGGGCCACCGGAGACUCAAGAAUGCUGUGAUGAUGUUGGAGUGGAUCCCGCGGGUCGGCGAGCUCAAGGAGCAAGCGCGCGAGGCCUGGACUGCGGAGGAGGAAGGGCAGCUCUUGGACAUCUGGAGCGUGUUGACCAAGGACACUGCGAAGGACAAGGCGAAUGACCAGAUGAAGCGGGCGACCGGGAGCAUCAACGGCACGAUUUUGAAGGAUCUCCAGAGCUCUCUGCAUGGCCUCCCCGAGCCCACGCGCUUCGCGGCCUUCCUCGCGGACUUGGCGAACCACGGUGCAGAGCUCGUGGCAGCAGAUCCCUCGCAGCAGUCUUCCGAGGAGGAGAGGGAGCUUCGUAGGCGGAAGGUCAACUUCGCCUGCUUCCGAUCAUUGCUGGGCAGCCAUCGGAAUCCCCCUCUUGAGGCUGGACGCCUCUACAUCCUCCUGAGCCUGGCCGAGGCUGAGACCGUGCGGAAGGUGUUGCAUGCCCGGGCCACCGAGAAACCCGAAGGCUACGCCUUGUCGCUUCGCUUCGUGGGGCACGGUGGACGGCGUUUGGACUCGACGGCUCCCCCAUAUCCGGAGCCCCAGGACCACCAACUCUUCCUGGCGAUCCAGACCGCUCGCUUCCUCGACUGCCAGACUUACUUUGAGGAUCACUGCAUCCCGCUGAUCCUACGGGGCUUGGCAAGGGAUGCGGCCUAUAGGCGCCGGAAGUGGUUCGAGGCGGCCCAGAGCUGCCGCAGACGCUUUGGCCGCUGGCAGGAACAGCCAGUCGCAGAGGUACUGACUUUGGAUUCAGAUCUCUCGCUGCUCGAGGAGGCCAGUCUCAGCGUGACAUUGCGGGAGGCUCUGAGUGGCAAGAACCUGAGCAUUCGUGCAGCCUUUGACAUCUUCGAUGUGGACAAGAAUGGAUCCCUGGACAUGGUGGAGACUUGGGCAGCGCUGUACCACCUCGGACUGCGGGGGAUCUCCGCCGACCAGGUUGUCCGCUUCUUUGCCCUCAUGGAUGAGGCGAAGGUAGGCAGAGUGGGCUUCCGCGAGUUCCACAACUUUGUGCAAGCAGCAGUGGAGGAGCGGACGCAGCAUCACCCGCUGCUGUCCCGAGCCCACUCGCCAAGCGCGCAGGAGACUGCUUCGCUGCCCCAAGCGCCCCUGGUCCUGCGACGCGUCCUAUCAGCGGAGACGCCUGUGGGGGCGUCACCAGCCAUGUUCCGCCAGACUUCGCCAUUGUCGCCCAGCGUCCCCGAGGGCAGCAUGCUGACGAUUCCUCUGCAGCCUCCUGACUUGGCGCGCCUCACCAGCGGGGUGCCAAACCCAUCGCUUCAGCGAGGAGGAACCGUUUCCGCCACGCCACCGCAGCUUGGCAGGGUGACGUCCUUCCAGGCCACGUCGCUGCUCUUCGCUGAGCCACGAUUCAAAGAGGAGCUAGAGUUGGCGAAGAAGGCUUUCGCUGAGCGGGUUCGCACGACCGAGGAAGCGCACGAGCAGAAGUACACCGAAGAGAUCCGAGCGAUCGAGGAGAUGCAGGACGCGGAGGAAGAGCGCACUUUGGGCCCCAACCCGACACUCUCCGAGGCCGGCACCGGAGCAGAGUUCAGCUUCCAGCGCUCGCGGCUGCCCCACGGGGCCUUCACGACGCCACCGCAGCGAUUCGACUUCGAGGUGGACCCAGACUCUCUGGUUCCGGGCCGCAAGCGCUGCAUCCUGCAGGCCGGCUGCUCACUCACGCUGCCUUUGCCUGCGGGCCUUGCCGGACUUGGCGGCCUGCGUCCAGCCCUAGAGGAAUACAGCCUCACCAUCUUCUUUCAGCUGCCGCAGGACUUCUCGCCGAGUUCGGGCCAAGUGACUGCUCUCCUGGACUUCCCACGUGCGGAGGAGGCCAUGUGGGGCGAGCCGAGUGCGCAGCUCGUCGUCCUCCACGACGGAACACUGGCUUUGCGUUCGGCCAGCGAUGAGGAGUUCAAGCAGCGCGUGCAAAAGGAGAAGGAGGAGCGAGAGAAACUGGCGCAGGCACAGAAGGAUCGCCUUGCAAAGAAGAAGGCUGCAGCGAAGGCUGCCAAGAAAAGCAAAUCUCGCCCGACCACACCGGCAUCCCGCCCGAACACGCCGGCUGAGCCAGAAGACAAGAAGGAAGAGAAGAAGGAGGCCGACAAAGAAGAGGCUGAGAAGGAGGGAAAAGCAGCCGAGAAGGAUGCGGCCCAAAAUGAAGAGGGCGAAUCCGACUUUCGCAUCCUGCCCUCCGUUGGAACCUGGUUUACAGGACUUUACUCUGAGGAAGAGGACAAAAAGGAGGAUGGUAAGACCAAAGAAGGUGAGAAGAAGGAGGACGACAAGGCAGAUGAGGAGCUUUACAAGGCGUGGUGGCCUCCACCCGACUGCGAGAUGGCAGAGGAGGUGAAGCAGGGGGAGCCGAGCAGUGCGUUCGCCUGCAAGAAGAAGGUGGUGAAGCCCGGUCAGUGGAAUCUGCUCACUCUCAUCGUGCGGUGUGCGUCGGCCAGUGAACCAGAGCAGCGAUUUGCAACUGCCUACCUGAAUGGUGAGGUGGCCUUCCACGUCAAAAGCCAUGCUGCUUUGGAGGAAGCGUUGGCUAUUGAUGCUUCCGGCGGUAUCCGGUUGCUGCCGCCAUCCGCCAGCGCUUCGGCGAUGCCUGGGGGCCAGCUGCGCAGCAUGGAGUUGAGCUGCAGGGCCUUGGGCCUUGAAGAAGUGCACGAGGCACAGGUCCCGCGCGGCGUGUGGAAGUGCACCAAGUGCAAGCGCUACAAUCCUCCUGGCAAGCGCAUGGAGAAGUUGGUUUGCGUUUGCGGCGUCCAACGGCCGGGAAGUGCACCAAGACCCAAGGACGACAAGGACCAAGAUCAUCCCGGGCUCACCGUGGUGGUCGCAGACUCCUUCCAGGAGCUUGUGAUCGACAGCGACCGGGAUGUCUUCCUGGACGUCUAUGCGGACUGGUGUGGUCCUUGCGUGGAGGCGAAACCCCACUUCCACAAGCUGGCCAACUUGCUGCGUGCCUGUGAUGAUAUUGGCAUCUGCAGCCCGGGCGCCAGUGCACAGGGGAUGCGUAUCUUGAGUCUUGCGGAUCUUGUCAUUCGGCCUUUGCACAAUCCAGCUGCGCAUCAGUCGGUGCGAACACAAGUUCGGUCACAAGAUCCUUCUGCUGGCAAGUUGUUUCAUGUGCUGUUCAUGUGA